AUGGUACGCACCCAUUCUUCGCACACGGCAAGCCCAGCUCGGUUCCGUUCGCCGCAACACAGCCCCGCGCACAACCUGUCGCAGGAUGGGUCGCAAUAUGAAAUGGACCUGGACGCACUAGGCCUGAAUUCGACCUUUGAGACUACAGAGUUAGAUGGUGGCCAUGAGCCACCUGUGGACCGUGUCGACACCAGCGAUAUCGAGGGACCCGAAGACUUCACUAUGAACAUGACCUACUGGAUGACAACAGAUCUGCCAUUGGCGCAGAUAAAGUCGCGGAAAGAGGUCGCACGGCGAAGCGGCCCGAGGAUGGAUGCCAUGCAGGAGAAGGACGUGAUGGAGGACGCUGAUGGGAGGCGACCGGCCAUCAUCACCACAGACGAGCGUGACCAUCACAGGGUUCCUUCCGAAGGCUCGAUGGCGAAUGACGAAAAGGUUCGCAGCUUUCUCAGUGCGCUACCGAACACGGAUAUGGAGGGGGCAUUGACAGGCACACCGCUCCAUGCCCCAAGACACAGUUUCCUCCAAGUCCCCCAAUCCUCGCCGCCGAAAGCUCGUUCCUUACAAGCCACGGUGGAAGACUGUGACACACCACGAAAGCCAACCCAAGAGACAGUCAUACGCCAUACUUCAGCCAUAUCGGAAAAGCGCGAGCAGGAUGCAGUACGAUGUCAGAUUGCUGAGUUGCAGUCUCAACUGCUGCAUCAGGAGCAAGCUUCCAGGACGCGCAUCACAGAACUUGAAACUAUUCUAUCCUACACACGCACCGAGUUAGAGGGAGCAAGGACAGACAAUUACCAUCACAAGGAUGCUCUGGCAUCCUUGAAAAGAACCUCACGCGAGAGCGCGACCGAACAGCAGGCGGCACAUGCCUUGACAGAUUUUCAGAAGCAGUCGCGGGAAGAUGCGUUUGUCGCAGACUUGCGUCUGCAGACACAAGCCAAAUUAAACACUCAAAAGGAAGACUUCGAUCGUGAAUUAGCCAAGCUAUGCAGUGUAAAGCACUUGACUGAGCAGAAGCUAUUUGCGAACGAGCAGAUGAUGAGAGACAUGCAGAAAGAAUUGGCACAACUAAAGCUGUCCAAUAAUGCGCAAAUUGAAGAUGUUCCAGAAUCGUCUUGCCGGACAUGCGGUGGGCUUGGCUUUGAAGAAAAGGCCACAACAAAUAAAAAGGAGCUGCAAACGUUGGAGCAGUUGUCUGCAGUACAGGCCCGGGCAGAGCAGUUACAAUGCGACUUCGAAGGAGCUUUGGCCGAAGCCAGAGCGGCUCGUGAGGAAGCACAACAAGAAACCGCCCGACGCAUCGCCGCGGAAGAGAGCUCCAAAGCCCUCAUGGGUCGUGUGAUAAGUCUUGAGCACAAUCUUCAGGCCGCCCGGUUCGAGAUCGAAUGCGCCCAAGCUGAUGUGGCCGCGAAGCAGCAACUGUUCAACGUGAAUAUUGACCUGAACGCACGCCUCCGUGCUCUCCAUUCUCACAUUGAGACAUCACGUAUGACUCAAGCCACAGGUCAUCAGGAGAUAUCGAACAACGAAAAUCUAGAACAGCGCAUCAUAUCUUCCGAAUCGCAGCUGAAUGCUCUCCGCGCUGAUAUGGCCAAGAAAGAACAGCAGAUUGCGUCUUACGUGGAGGCGCAAGAGCAAGCUGACCGACAAAACAAUAUAUCGAAAGGUCGCAUAGAAGGACUAGAGGCUAAUUAUGCGGUUUUGCGCCAACAACUUGCUGAAUGCCACCGCGAGAGCGCUCGAGCCAGAACGGAGGUUGAGCGGUACCAGCACGAGCUAGAGAUUGCAGAAGAUAGCCUGAGAGAAGCGCAGGCUGAUGCAAAUCGUCGUGUUGCAGAUGCGGAGAAGAGACUUGGCAAUGUGAAAGAAGCCAAACUUGAUGUGGAGACAAAAUACAAGAGCUUGCAAGCUCAGCACGAUGAUCUCAUCGAAGGACACGAAGCUAUGGUAAAAGACCUUCGUGAAAGGACCGAAGAUGCUGUUCGCAAGGCUGGUGUUGUGCUCGAACAGGAGCGUAGUGACAAACGCCGUCUUCUGAAAGACCUGAAGAAUGUGCGAGAAGAAAUGAACCAACUACGCACUGAUGGGGCACAGAGAUUGGCUGAAGAGGACAGUUCUAGCGAAGACAACGACAAAAGCUCGCAUAGUUCUAGGACCCAGGCAACAGAGACCGAGGUGCAGGAUUUGCGCCAAAUUAUACGGCGCCAAAUUGUCGAUGUGAAAACGAUGAAGUCUGAGAUGGCCGCGCUCAAGAAGGAGAAUAAGAAGCUCAAGCAAAACAUGGAUAUGUCCUUGGAACAGCAAGCCACCAUCACAGAGCUGCAUGCCCAGAUAGGCACUCUGCAGUCACGAAACUCUCUACUGGAAUUGCGGAUUACAGAACAGCGAGCAGACUUUGAAGCGAUUAACAAAGCGAUGGACGAGAAACUCGCAGUGGUUGUCAGCAAGGUCAUGAAAGAGCGGGCGAGGCUGGUGGUUGGUAAACGAGAUGGUCAGUGGGUUGAGAGGGUAGGCAAAGUACAUGAUGAGAAGGAGCUUUUGGGCAAGGUCCUCUUACGUCAAUGGGGCCGAGAAGAAGUAGGGAUUGCAGACGAGAGUCAUGGUGAGAAACAGGGGUAUGCGUACAAGUAUAUUCAGCGGUAG